AUUUCCUAACAGUAGAGCUAUGCAGAACCAAUUAUUAGAGUUCAGAUUACUAGGUACUAGUUACAUGUAGAUGUAAUAAGACAACAUUUAAUGCUUCUGUUUAUUUUUACACUACUUUUAAUAACGCAUCCAUAGCACUACAAUGAAGUGCUAUUUAUUCGGAGUAGACUGUCUUCUAAAAUAUUUACCUAUCCUUUGUUAGAAUGAAAGUAUUAAGUCAUCAAAACGUAGCUAUCAGUCAUAAAAACAAGUUAGGAAAUAAAGUAAGUUUAGAAUGAAGAUACAAGACUGGUCUUUGCAUUCAGAAUUCAUCCUUUAAUAAUCUCAAAACGUAUAUAUAUAUACAUAUAUACUGAGGCAAACUUAAAUGCUAGAAUAAUUUUAACAAAAGAUGUUUGAAACAAAUGUUUGAAAUACAAAUUCGUGAAUUCCGCCCUCUAUGCGUUUUGGUUGGAUUCUUGUAAUUCGGUCAUCUCGAAAUAAUAACACUACGAUUACAAUAAAUUACUACAAAUUGGCGUCGCGAUGGAACUAAAUAACCUUGGAGAAUUUCCUCUAAAGGGUUCUCCGCGGGAGAUUGCUGAUUAUCUUGAAUGCUUCGACGCGUGGUGCAUUUCCAAGAAUGUUUGGGAUGACAAAAUACCAGCUCAUUCCAUCACUGCUAUUGGGCUAGAUGCGUAUAGCCUAGUGAAGACUCUGUCGUUUCCAGAUAAACCCAUUUCUCUGCCAUAUUAUAAACUCCGUGAACUUCUGAUAGAUCACUUCCAUAUAACUACAUUUGAGACCAGAGAGAGGGCUCAGUUCAACAAACUGGUUCGUGCUCCCAAUCAGAAGAUUAGAGACUUCAUUCUUCAGCUCCAAAUACAAGCCUUAAAUUGUAACUUUGGAGAUCAGCUGCAUACACAACUACGUGAUCGUCUAAUUGCUGGAAUCAAUAUUCCUAAGUUAGAGAAAGAGUUAAUUCAGAUUCCUUCUUGUACCUUUCAAACUGCUAAAGAUUUAUGUACUACAUAUGAAGAUGUCAACAGUGAAUACUCUGCUCCCACUAUGUCAGUAUCUGAUGUCAUUGUGUCCAAAGUCAAAAAUACAAGUGGUCAUGGAAAGCAAUCCAAACUGCCGUCCACAGGUAAUAGAAUGCAGCGAGAGAUCAAAAACAUUAAGUCGUGUUUAUCCUGUGGAAAGUUACAUCUACGAAGCACUUGCCGUUUUCGGGGUGCUAAGUGUCACAAAUGUGGUAAAGUUGGACACAUCAAGACUGUUUGCAGAAGUUCGAAUACUUAUGUUACUCAGAAUUCUUAUAAUUCUCCCAAUCUGUCUAGUAAAAUGGAGUCAGUGUGUCUUUCAACUUUUCAAAAUACUCAAUCUCAUCCAAUGAAAACCUCCACUACAAGUUCAGCAACUCAAGCGUCAACUGUUUCCAAAAAUGAGGUAGCCGAGUUACAAUGCGAACUGUCGAAAACACGAGAAGAACUGAAUGAGAUGAGAGAGCAACUGAUUAAAAUGGAGGAAUUGUUGCAUAUGCAUAGACUGCGUCUGUUGAAUGCAGAGCAUACAAGUACCCGUGAAAGUCCUGCAAAACUUUUCAAAUCUCGAAUUCUCAAAAAGCAUCUGAUGUCCACGACUUCUAAUGUACAUUAUUACAAAGGGAAUGACUAUAGACCUUCUGCUGGAAUCAUACUACAAAAAAUGGGAAAUCGAGUGGUGAAGAUAUUAGACAUCAAAGAUCACUCAGUUCAUAACGGACACCUGGACAAAGUGACAAUAAAUGAAGUAGGUCGGUCCAAUUAUGAUAUUAAUAAUUCCGCUACUAAUCCUGAUUUUGUAGAUAAUUCUGAAAUAAGUCCAGAUAACAGUGAUGAAAAUAAUAUCACAGAAUCAGUUAGAAAGUCGCAGCUACUUGCAAGCAAACCAAGACAUCGUUAUAAAUACUCAAGGAGAUAUUCGACGUGUGGCGGAUGUGGUGAUUGACAAUUUCUAUC